AUGUUUUAUCAGCCAGGAGUUACCGAGCAUAAACUGCCUCACGACCCUUUUAAGGCUUGUGUGGUUCCUCGUCCGAUUGGUUGGAUCUCUACAAAGAACAAGAAAGGCGAAUGCAACUUGGCGCCCUACUCGCAGUUCAACAAUCUGACCUUCGACCCGCCGUACGUGAUGUUCUCUUCCAAUCAGACGGCCCAGGGUAUCCGUAAGGACACAAUCAUCAAUGCUGAGCAGACAGGUUCCUUUGUAUGGAACCUGGCGACAUGGGAUCUACGCGAAGCUGUCAACAUCACUGCUGAACAGACUCCCUAUGGCACUGACGAGUCCGAGCUUUGCAAAGUGACCAAGGAGCAAGCUACACUGAUAGACGUGCCUAUGAUUAGGGAAUCCCCUGUCAAAUUUGAGUGUGAAUACCACACCACCGUGCGUUUGCCCGGGCACCCGCCCAUGGGCACAGUGGAUAUCGUGAUUGGGAAGGUCAUUGGAGUGCACAUCGCCGACAGUGUACUCACUGACGGCAUUUUGGACAUUAAAAAGACCCAACCUAUCGCGCGCUGUGGUUACUACCAAUACACAGUUGUGCGGGACACAUAUGAGAUGAUCAUUCCCAACAUGUCGCAGGAUGUGAUUUACGGACUGGAGGGCAAUGCGGCCAAGAACCGCAGUAAGAAUGAGUCCAACACUAAGAAUGCGGUAUCCGAGUCUACAGAAACGGCAAAUUAG